AUGCUUAGGACGCGUAGUAUAGAUGUUGAGUUUGACUUUUCGUUCUUUGCUCCUUGCUUCUCUUCCCUUCCACCUCUUCACGUUGAUAUUAUCAUGGUGCCUAAGCCAAAAACUGUCAAGCGUACGAAAGCAUACGUCGAUUCAGAAGCAGAGUCUGAAGUCGAGAUACGAUCAGGAAACUCUACAAAGAAACGAGCCGUCACCUACAUUGACCCGGGCGACAACGACAACGACGACGACGCCGCCGCUUACAAGCCCAAACAACCCCAGCCUCGGCCCAAGAAGAAAGGCUCCGUCAAUACAGCCGCCACUACAAAACAAGUAUCAGCACCAGCAACAACAACAGCCUACGAAAGGUCCUCGAACAAGCAAAAGUCGGCCUUGGGAGACAUUUACAAUCUUGUUCAUAACAGGAGCAUUAACAACAAAGACGACAACAAUAAGAGCAAUGGUAGCAAGUCUUCGUCGAUGUUAAAGGCAAGGAAGGACACUUCAUUUGAGAACCAGGAGAAUAUCGAUAUGAGAAGACCAAAGGACGACGGAGGCAAAACUGCCAAGAAGCCCUUGCGACAGUCGACCGCUGACAUGUCUCGCGAGCAGCUCGCGACAGCUCUUGAGGACUUGAGGGACAAGUACAGACGACUCCAACAGCUCCGAGAAACAGACGCCGAGCGGAAUCUCGCUGAAUGUCGCGGACAGCUUGAUGAGACCAUCCGCAGUGCCGAAAACUACCGCGCCAAAAUCGAGCCUCAGCUUGAAUCUGCACUCAGGACGAACGAGAAGUUGCGUGAUAACAAUGAGAUUUCCAAUGCCAGGGUCAGGAUACUACAGCGUCAGGUACGCGACCGCGAGGACGAAAUAAAGCAACGGGACCAGGAGGACAAGAUCAAGGCCAAGACCGCCUCGAUGGAAUCGGUCCUCGCCAGUCCUGAUGUCACCCCCAACACGGCUUCGGCCAUCAGCACCAUCAAAAUGUAUGAGAACCUUUCUGGCUUCAAAUUGACCCCUCGAGAUAUUUUCCCUCGCUCCAGCAAGGACAAGAUCCCUGCCGUCUGGGACUGCGAACACUCUGGACCUCGCGGAACGCUGAGGUUCACGCUGACGUACAACUACACGACGAGCGUGGUGACCUACGUACCCAAGAUCGACCCCAAGCGCGACGAAAAGUUGCUUAAGAACCUCCCCGAUUACCUCACGGACGAGAUCGAAUUCAACCGAGAGCUUGAAAGCAAGUUCUUCUGGCGCAUCCUCAACUUUAACAACGACGAUGACGCAUGA